GUAAACAAACGUAAAGAGAAACACGGGAGCAAUGACACUGCUCAGCUGUGUGUCUUCUGUCCCGUGUUUGUGUUGAUGAUGGCCUUCAAGGAGAGUGCUCGUCUUGUCUGUGGGUUGUGGCAUCCUCAGGGUGUGUUUUAGGAAUGGUGUUACUACACCAACCUUGGCCCUCAUGGACCUCUCACCUGAUCUCAGCGACCAUGAGCUGGCCCAAAGUGGAAGCCACACCCGCAGCCUGUCUGUAUCAGACCUCUCCUUAGCCUCCAUCCUCCCAGAAACUGUCAAUGAGACCAUCGUCAAUGGCACCUAUGACAGAAACCUUAAUAGGGAAUCUGCAGUCAACAGGAACCAUGCAGGGGCCCUGGGUUGUUGGAGCAGUGAGUUGCCCAGGAAGUCCUACAGUCUUCCCCAUCACUACAAGCACCACCUGGUGGGCGUGUGGCAUGGGCAAGGGAGAGAGUCAUCCCAGAGUCCUCCUAUGGCACCUCUCUCUCCCUCAGAAUUCAAACAGCAGUUCACUCUAAUGAGGCAGUGGUUCAACAGCUUCACAGAUGAACAGAAGAAUCGUGUUCUAGCAGAACUUUUGGAACAUAUUGGCCCCAGCCAGCUGCACCUUCUCUCUGUGACCAUUGGAGGUCGUCUCCACCAUGGUUGCCCACCCAACUGCCAGGAUCCUGUGGGAUGGCUCCCUCCUGGCCUAGCUCUCACUAUCUUUUCUUAUCUUGAUCCAGUUUCCCUUGCUCAAGCAUCGCAAGUUUGCAAAGCAUGGUACAACCUAGCCACUCGAGAUUGCCUGUGGCGAAAUUUAUCACUCCAUAAUGAAUGGCACUUGACUGAGGCUUCUCACAACAAACAACUAAGUCGCUGUAGAAGGAAGGAUGGGUCAGUGGACUGGAAACAGGUAUUCAUAGAACGCCAUCGACUUCACCGUAACUGGAUGAGAGCCCAUUGCCAUGUGAGGACAUUUGAAGGUCACACAGAGGGAGUAUCAUGUGUCCAGUUUGACGACCACAGAAUAGUUUCUGGAUCUCAUGACAAUACUAUUAAGGUCUGGAAUAUGCGGACAAACUCUCGCUGUUCAGUACAAACACUGGUACACUCAGGGAUGGUAAGAUGCCUCCAUCUAGCUGGCAACCGCCUUGUGAGUGGUUCGGCUGAUGCUACAAUUAAGAAAGUGAAUUGUCAGCUCAUUGGGGAAUCUUCCCACUUGACUGGCCUUUACUCUGGUGCCUCAUCUCAUGCUAUGAGACCAAUCCUGUGUCAAAUUGAUGCAAAACUGCAUCUCAAAUUGACUAUUUUACUGUGUUCAGAGGUCUAUUGGGAUAAUUCUGGUAAUACCUUUUCUGGUGUUGCUCUUGCUCUGCCUGUGUCCUCCAUGGAGCCCAUCUGUGAGCUUCUGCUGGCUAAGUCACAUCCAAAUGCCUUGUGGGCAUUGGAGCUUAUUCAAUGGCAUGUAUAUCAUGCUCUCAGAAGCAAGACCAUGGAAGUGAUUUGGCAGCUGGACACAGGUCAGUGUCAGAAGACUCUGUUUGGCCAUGAGGAUGCUGUGACAACUCUGACCUAUGAUGCCACCACCAUCAUUUCUGGCUCUCUUGACUGUACCAUCCGCCUAUGGUGCAUCUCUUCAGGCCAGUGCAACGGUGUUCUAGACUGGAUGUCAAGUGAAGGUCAUACAGGUGUGAUACGGUGCCUAGCUGCUGAUCCUUGGAGGAUUGUGAGUGCCUCUGAUGACAAAACAAUUAAGGUUUGGGACCGUGAAACUUUACGUCGACUGGUGACACUUCGUAAUCACACUGAUGGUGUCACCUGCCUCGCUUUCAACGACCAUGUGAUUGUUAGUGGAUCUUAUGACAAGACUGUCAAGCUGUGGGACUUCAGUGUCUGCUGAAUUUUCUUGUUUUUCCAUUAUAUAUUCUCGAAACUUUACAAAGCAGUGUUAUUUAAUUUGUAAUUUUUGAUCUGCUCUUAAAGAAAGAAAGAAAGAAAGAGGAAGAGGGAGAGAUGUGAAAAACCUGCCCAACUUUGCAUUUAGAUUUAGUUUUUACAACUCAAAAAGAUAUUUUUGUUAGGUAUGGCGAUGCGAUUUUAGAUAUUCUUUAUUUCAUGAAGUUAAUAUUGUAAGAUGAGAUACAGUAAGAAGAGGUGAAUAAAUGUGUGUAAAGCAGAUGUAAGAAGAGUUUUUUCCAAAGAACUGGUGAAGAGAUUCUUUGAAAUGGCUCAAGUUUGUUUUAAGAAGAAGCUGUUUGUAAUUCCUUUUCUUUCUUCUUUUCUUUCAUUUAAUGUUUUUCCUUCUCACUUUCUUUCUUUCGAUAAAGAAAUGGACUUCGGUCUGUUUUCUUCUGCCACAACUGUUGAUAAAGAAGAAAACUCAAUGUGAUUUAUAAGUUUAGGGUAGAGGAAGAAUGAACAGCUAAUAGUCAGUAGGCUGUAGUUUGGCUGUAAGGUUAAUAAUUUUAUGGGUCUGUAGUUGACUAUUUUAUACAUGUAGAUAUUGCAUACCAUAUAGAGCUUGUUUUUAUGGUUAACUGUCUAGAUCCUGCAAAGUCCAACUAAUGUUAGCAGAAACUCAUUUCAACUUAAAGAGUUGUAUGUGCGGGUGAGUACAUAAGGCUUUUUAUGUGUAGCUUUCUUGUAGCUUUUUUCUUUUCAUUUGGAAACAUUCAGUGAUUAUUGUGGACUUUGUACUAGAAAUGCAGAAGACAUAAAUGUGUAUUGGUAUUGUGCAUAUGGUACACUUGUAGAUCUGCUGUAGUUUGUAAUGAAAAUAUGAGAUAAAAUAAUCUGGAAGGGAUAUUGUAUGCAUGAAAAGAACUGUCUGUCCAUGCCUAUGGCUCUCUCUUUAUUACACAAUAGGACAUACUGGAAGAUUUUUAUGAUUACCAGGGGAGGAACUAUCAGUCAGAUGGAGAUCUGACUAUAAGGUUCCUUUGUUCCAAAGCAAACACUUUCUUUUUUUUAACUCUCCUUUCUUUAAAGUUCAGCCUGAGUGAAAGUACUUUAACAAAGUCUGCACAAAAGGAGUAUUAUGGAUAUUAAGGGCUGCUAAUAUUUUGCCCAUUAGUGAUUAGUGAUGUCCUAUCAUGUCAUGACAAAUAUUACCAAAAGCUGGGUAACACUUCACAACAUCAUUAGUCCAUAUCCUGAUUGCUGGUAUAAGAUUUCACAUACACCUGUCCUUAUCAAACUUGACUGAAAAUUUUAUCCAUUGUAAUUGGGUUAAGCUCUGCUCUGGCAUACUCAAGCCUUACAAUACAAUACCCCUAACUAUAUGGUUAUCACUUUUAGAUAGGUUGGAUCCCUUGGAUAACCAUUGUUUUUUGGUAUAAAGAAAAGAAAAAAAAGAGCCUCAUUAGUGAGUUUAAAGUCUUCCUGUGUAACUCUCAAACACGUAGAUCUAGGUAUAGAUUUAGGAACAUAAACCUGUGCUGUGAAAUUAUGUGUUUUUGCAUGUUGAAAACUAUCUUGUUUCUUGUAGCUGUAGAUUGUAAGUAUAAUUUUGGUAGAAGUAGAUUAUGGGUGAAUCUAAAAUAGUGGGUUCUUUACAGUUUUGGCAUGAUAUUAAUUCACAUUGGUCAACAGAGUUUGUAGUUGAAGUAGAAAACAUCAUUUCUUUUACAAUUUUUUGUCUAAAGUAUCUCAUCCAAGGAACAACAGACUGUAGUUGUGGUGACCUCUCUCUAGGCCUUGCAUAGUUUUUACAUAUAUAUCUGUAUGUGUAUACAGCUUAGCUCAUGCAUUUUCAGGCUGCCUUGCUAUGCAUUCCAUUCUUCUCCAGUGAUAAGAUUACCUUUACUAGGAAUUAGUGCAUGGAAUUUUCCUUAUUAGAGCAAAGACGAUACUGCAGUAGUGAGCCAAUGCCUUUACUUGUUUGUAAUGGUGGAUGUUGGUAACCACUUUCUUAGCCUUAUGAUGUUAUGCUUUUGUACUGACAGCUAUGGAAAGGAUGUUGGAAUGUGAUACAACUGACCUUUAUCAAAACAUGCGCCUUUUUUAAUGCUGAUUUAGGUCUUCAUCUGCGUGGAAUAUACUCAGAUUGAAAUUUGCAACAGAGAAGAAAUAAUAUUUUUGUAUCAGCACUGCAAUUCAGUGCAAAGUGCAAGUUACCUGCAAUAUACCAUUUGCUUAGAUUUUAGUCAUGUAAUGAAGUUUGCAUGUUCUUUAAACAUUAGUAUUAUUUUCUUUAUUACACAGAAUUUUGUCGGGUCUGUCACUCUCUUUAUUCAUUGUUAUAAUCAUACGUUGCUUAUGGAUUGUUGCUUGAUAAUGGUUUAGUCAUUUAUUUUAUUACAUAUUUUUGUUAUUUUGUGAGUUUAUUAAUUUGUUUAUUCAUUCAAUUUGCUUCUUGAAGUUUGUUUAUUGACUUGUUUACUCGUUUUUAUAUAUUUAUGUAUUUAUUUAUUUGUUUGUUUGAAUAUCCAUUUAUAUAUAUUUAUAUAUGUAGUUACAUAUAUAUUUGUUUAUUUUUGUGACAUUUGUGUCCAGUAAAUGAGGAAGACAUGGUGCAGGGAUUUUAUUGUUUGUUGUUUGUACGUCAUGUGGUGAUCUCACAACACUGAUUUAAAGUGAAACAUUUCUUUUGCAACUUCAUUGAUAUUAUGUCAAGGUCAUUGAGUACUUUUAUCCUUUUUUCAAUUUGCUCUAUUUCUUUAAGAGUAAGUGUAUAUGAGCAGAGUGAGAGAGAGAGAGAGAGAGAGAGAGAGAGAGAGAGAGAGUGUGUGUGUGUGUGUGUGUGUGUGUGUGUGUGUGUGUGU